UGGAGAGAGACGUGCUUUCAGUGAAGCAGAGGAGGGGCCAGUGAUAGAAGCUGUUUACACAAAAGAGGAAAUCUGUGAUCAGGAGUGGUGUGGAAGAAUAAUGGAGAUUACAGACCUGACAAUUGUAGAAAGUAAAGAGAUCCCUGAACUUGAUAGUGUCCACAUUAAAGAGGAGGCUGUAGAGCUGGAGUGUGAUGACAUCACAGAGGAAGUUAGUGAAGAAAAUAAAGUCAAUACGCUGGAGGAGAAUAUAGUUAAGAUGGAAUCUAGCCAUUGUGAAGAUUAUCCUCCUGAACAGAUCUGCAUGAAACCCAAUCAGCUUGUCUCUGAAGACACUGGUUCUAGUGUUGGAGAAGAGGGCACUGUGCUGGGGUCCAUUCAGAGGAAACAUCACCCCCCUCAGGAAAGAGCUGCAGAUGGAAAGGAGGAAGGAGCGAUGCCGUCCACGAGCAGCACAGCAUCAGAUCCAGGUAGACGCACCUCCACUCCAGCACCCCAGAGCAAAAUCUCUUCUGAUGGGAAACUGCAGCGUAAGCAGAAACACAGAGAGUCAACACCCCGAGAUGAAUAUGUGAAGAAACUGAGAACUCGCUCUGUUCAGAAUCUUUCUGCACAACCUAGCCGACCACUUCCUGUGGGAUAUACAGCAACUCCACAUCCCGACAGUUCUGCAACCCAGGGCAACUUCAUUUCCAUACAAACUCCCCAGCAGAUUCCUUCAGAGCAGAUCUUGUAUCACUGUCCUGAAUGUGGCACCAAUUUCAGUGACCGGGGAAAGCUGAAAAUACACCAGCAUAUUCACGCAGGAGAGAAACCGUUUCACUGUACUGAUUGUGGGAAGAGUUUUAAUCAUAAAUAUAACCUUCAAAAACACCAAAGAACUCACAAGGGAGAGGAACCGCAUGAGUGUCCUGACUGCGGGAGGAGUUUUAAUCUCAAAAGUAACCUUAAAAAACACCAGCGAAUUCACACAGGAGAGAAACCGUUUCACUGUGCUGAUUGUGGGAAAGGUUUUAAUCGUAAGACUUUACUUCAAGCACACCAGCGAAUUCACACAGGAGAGAAACCGUUUCACUGUACUGAUUGUGGGAAGAAUUUUAAUCACAAAUGUGACCUUCAAAAACACCAGCGAAUUCACACGGGAGAGAAACCGUUUCACUGUGCUGAUUGUGGGAAGAGUUUUAAACAGAAAUGUGACCUUAAAAAACACCAGCGAAUUCACACGGGAGAGAAACCGUUUCACUGUGCUGAUUGUGGGAAGAGUUUUAAACAGAAAUGUGACCUUAAAAAACACCAGCGAACUCACACAGGAGAGAAACCGUAUGAGUGUCCUGACUGUGGGAGGCGUUUUAGUCAUAAAUGUAACCUUCAAGCACACCAGCGAAUUCAUACGGGAAAGAAACCAUACGAGUGUCCUGACUGUGGGAGGCGUUUUCAUCAGAAAUCUAACCUUCAAUCACACCAGCUAACUCACAGUACAGAUAAACCGUUUCACUGUGCUGGUUGUGGGAAAGGUUUUAAUCGUAAAACUUUACUUGAAGCACACCAGCUAAUUCACAAGGGAGAGAAUCAGUUUCAAUGUGCUGAUUGUGGGAAGAGUUUUAAUCAGAAAUGUGACCUUCAACAACACCAGCGAACUCACACAGGAUAGAAACCGACAGCUUUGAAAAUCCAUUUACAAACAUUAAUACUGAAACUACAUGAAAAAGACAUUUCAGUGAAAAACGAGGUGUAGUUGAGUCUGUUGAGGUCCCUCUAGGAGUAAGAUUUGACAGCAGAAGAAACCGGGAUACAGGCACAUAUGAUCACGAUCCUGUAACUGACAAGUGUAUUUAUAUUCCAUUGUUAGAAUCUUUAAACUUCAUAUUUAGGAGUCCAGACAUUUGUAAUCCUAUUGUACAACCUUGUGAACAAAACACGGUUUAUAAAAAUUUUUGGUGACGGCAGCUGCUAUAGAAAUCAUCCACUUUUCUCUCGGCAUAGAAAUGCAUUUUAAAUACAACUUUACUAGGAUGACUUUGAAACUGCAAACCCAUUAGGAUCCAAGCAAGGGAUACAUCAAAUUGGAAGCUUAUAUUUUAUUCUUAGAAAUCUUUCACCAAAGGUAAAUUCAGCACUAAUGAAUAUUCACCUUGUUUCACUGUUCCACACAGAAGAUAUUAAAAAGUAUGGGUUUAAUGCUAUACUACAACCUCACGUUGAUGAUUAAAACAUUCUUGAAAGUACUGGAAUUAAAGUUCCUUUUUCUGAAGAACCAAUUGAUGGUGCAGUUGCUCAGGUCACAGGAGAUACCUUAGGGGUGCACACACUUCUGGGGUUCAGUGAAUCUUUCAGUUCAGUUUUUUUCUGUCGACUCUGCUUGAUUGAUAAGAAUGCGUCUCAGUCAGUAUUCAGCGACGAUGAUUCUAACAUCAUAUUACGUGACAGAGUUUUGCAUGAACAGCAUUGCAAUGAUCUGUUAGCAGACCCUACAUGACCCUCCUCCUUUGGAAUGAAGCGAUAUUGUUUGCUGAAUGACUUACAGUUUCUUUCUCAUUUCUGAUCAUUUUGCUUUUGAUAUUAUGCGCGAUGUCCUCAAAGGCAUCCCCCAGUAUGAAAUGAAGUUGCUUUUUGGCUCUCUCUCUGACAGUGUCAUCUCCAAGCAUGACAUCAUUAAUAGAAUUCACUCUUAGAAUUAUGGUUUCUUGGAGAGAAAGAAUCGUCCAAGGUUCAAUCUAGAGCAGUCUGGCAAUGGGAUAGAGCUCAAUGCGAUGCGGGCAGCAGUGUGGAGUUGUGGUUAGGGCUCUGGACUCUUGACCGGAGGGUCGUGGGUUUAGUCCCAGGUGGGGGGACACUGCUGCUGUACCCUUGAGCAACGUACUUUACCUAGAUUGCUCCAGUAAAAACCCAACUGUAUAAAUGGGGAAUUGUCAGAGUUAAUUAUGGGUUAAUCCAGCCUUGAUUGAAGGUAUAUUUUAGGAACAGCUUGUGGCACUGGCAAGAUACAAUUAAAUAAAUAAAUACAUAGCCAUGGUCCAGGACGUUAAACAGAAUAUCAAUUAUUAAACACAUAAUCAGAAAACAAGUGAUUCACAUGAUUGAUUGUAUAAUAAAAUCACUCUGCUGUGAACUUGCUCAGCACAUCGCUACAGUUGUGUACUUAUAAGCAAUGUGAGUACAAAAUAACAAAACCGGGAAGAUAAUGUUACUGUUUCUGACCGGGACAAAAACAUCAAGUCUGAAAACUGGCAAGCCCGGCUUUACCGGGGCGUCUGGUCACCCUGGUCAAGGAAUCCAUUGCCGUCAGCUUCCAUCCGGGUGUUUCCAGCAGGAGGCGCCAAUCCGCUAACGUGACGUCACGACGCGCUCGUCUCCAUGGGAGCAGGGAGGAAGCGGAAGUGUGUGCGGGUUUGUUUACAUUGUGUGUGUGGGGCUGCGUGGGGUUGUUGAGCUGCAGCAGCAGAGAAACUUGCUCAAUAAGUCAAGUGCUGACUGAAUAACAAAGAGAGGCUCCCAAUAUUAUUCAUAAUAAAAGCGUGAAUACAGAAAGGAUAUCAGUCUCAAGCUAACAGUCAGUGAAGAUGGACGUCAGCGUCUCCGUGUCGUUCUUUCAAGACGAGCUCGCCUCUACCAUCGAGCACGCAGUGAAAGCGGCUGUAGACACCGUCUUGUGCCAAAUCACAAAAGUUGUCGGCGGCAAAUUCACUGAAUUCCGAAUGGAAAUGGCUGGAAAGGAGAAAGAGAAUGAAAGUCUGAAGCUGAGAUUGGAAAUAUCAGAGAGCGAGUUGAAAGCAGUGCGGGAAUGCAUGAACGCUGCAGAUGCAGACAUUAAACAACCUCUCAGAAACAUGAACCCCGACUGCAAUGAACAAGACUUUCAGAGGAACGAGAACCAGGGAUUAUUCAUCAGAGUUCAAGGUGAGUUUAAUAAUGUUAUGGUUCUUGUAUGCCUUCCAGUCAUUAAAAAAAAUAAAUUAAAUACACCCGCUGCCCAGGGCCGGAUUGAUCUACACGCAGAUAACGCUAUAGCGUAGGGACCCCCAGCAGAAUUGGGGCCGCCGUUUGUUUGGGGCAUUUGACAAAAACUGCAUGUUAUUUUGCUGUUUUAUGACGGGUAGGCUUUCUCGAGUACAGCAUACCCGAUCGUCCUCAGACCCUCUCCAUUCCAGUCACAAAAUCUACAGCGCCAUGUACUGUGUGUAUUACAAAUGAAAUAACAAUACAACACUAACAUACCAAUUUUAACAUUAGGAUACUUGUUAUUUUAAUCCAUUACAGAAUAGGUCCAUUUUGGCUCACGUGGCGCUGUAGAUUUUAUUUAUCUUUUUUGACAGAGCGUUAAGGAGGAACAUAAGUGUGUCAAAUAUAGAUAAUGUUUUGAGAUUUAUUCUGUAUUGGGGCGCAGCUGUGGACGGAACAGAGAGUCGUAACGCCAGAAGUAAAGUGUUUAGAGAGGACGAAACAUAACUGAGAGAGAAGCGUGCUAGCAAAGCUGUAACUAAAGCCAACUCCUGAAUAAUAAACGCGUGUAUCGAGUUGCCCACAUCAUUAUGUUUCCAGAUACAUUAAUACAUAAAUAUGUGAUUAUCAUUUUUAGUAGUAGUAGUAAUAAUAAUAUGCCCUGGACGUGUUUUCUCACGCAAGCAGUCUCUGUAAGUCGCCUUGGAUAAAGGCGACUGCUAAAUAAACAAAUAAUAAUAAUAAUAAUAAUAAUAAUAAUGUAGAAUACCAAAUGCCCCACGCGCACUGCCUCCUGAGAGAGAUGCGUCCCUUGUCCUACUACGUCAGAGGCUUAUCCAAAUGUGCAGCAUGCCUGUUUACAUUUUAGAAACUUUUUCAUUUGGGCGGUUGGAAUUUAGAAGAAAAAAAAAGGUUGGGUAGAGGUGUUCACAAUGCGGGAGGCUGAAGGAAAUUCAAAUGUGGAUGUCUGCAGUCGGCUAGAAGGGUUUCAGUCCCUAGUGUUUGUUUCCUUCUGUAGGAGGAAGUCUACAAAGAGAUUUUGAAAAAAAAACACAUUGGUUUUGCAUUUAUUUUAUUUUAUAUAUAUUUACACAUUAACAACAAAAUAAACUUAUCACUAUUGUAACACAUUCAAUUUAAAUCAAGGGAAGUAAUGUUGAAACUUUACAAUGCAUUAGUAAGACCUCACCUAGAAUAUUGUGUUCAGUUCUGGUCACCUCGUUACAAAAAUGAUAUUGCUGCUCUAGAAAGAGUGCAAAGAAGAGCAACCAGAAUUAUCCCAGGUUUAAAAGGCAUGUCGUAUGCAGACAAGCUAAAAAAAUUGAAUCUAAAAGAAAUGUAUUUGCUUACAAUUGUAAGUCGUCCUGUAUAAGGGCGUCUGCUAAGAAAUCAAUAAUAAUAAUAAUAAUAAUAAUAUUCAGUCUUGAACAGAAAAGACUACGCGGUGAUCUGAUUCAAGCAUUCAAAAUCCUAAAAGGUAUAGACAAUGUCGACCCAGGGGACUUUUUUAACCUGAAAAAAGAAACAAGGACCAGGGGUCACAAAUGGAGAUUAGAUAAAGGGGCAUUCAAAACACAAAAUAGGAGGCACUUUUUUACACAGAGAAUUGUGAGGGUCUGGAACCAACUCCCCAGUAAUGUUGUUGAAGCUGACACCCUGGGAUCCUUCUAGAAGCUGCUUGAUGAGAUUCUGGGAUCAAUA